AUGGAUACAAUUCGUUUAUUUCUUCGUUCAAAUAGUUUUCGAAAUUCCCCAAUAAAACCCGAUGGAAAUUCAAGAAAUUCUUCUAUAACAUCAAAUUUUAUCGAUAUCGAUAAUGAUACAUUAAUAGAAACUGAAAUUCGACGAAAUUCUUCCAGUGAAAAAUUUAAAUCGUUCCUUUCAACACAUACAAAAUCAAGUUCAUUAUCAUCACGUUAUCCAAAUCGAUAUUCUCAAGUUGAAACAUGUUCUGGUUUAUCUAUUCCAUUAUCAAAUAAUACAAAUAUUGUUGCAAGUGCAUCAGAAUCAAUAUCAAAUGCUCGUUCAUUUACAUUAAAUAAUAAUCAUCAAAUAAAACCGCGAAGACAUUCAUGGACAACAGGUGAACAAAAAAUUCAUCAUGUAUCAUCUUCAAUAAAACGAAGUAAAUCACAUUAUUAUUCCGAACGAAUGAAAAAAUAUUCAAAAGAUAAAAAACGUCGUCGAACUAUUCAAAUAAAUCGUUCAUCAAAAUCAGUUAGUUUUCCAUUAUCAAGUAAUAACAAUAAUAAUCCAUUAUAUCCAAGAACAUCCAUUCAAACACGUUCAGUAAAAACAACAGCUACAAAUGCUUUUUUAACCGCUGCUUCAAUAUUUAAAUAUUGGCCAUUUCAAUCAACUUAUCGUCAAAGAAAUGAAGAAUUUAGAAAAAUUUUUAAAGAUUUACCAACUGAUGAACGAUUAAUUGUUGAUUAUUCAUGUGCAUGGCAAAAAGAAAUUUUAAUUCAAGGUCGAAUGUAUAUAUCACAAAAUUAUUUAUGUUUUCAUGCAAAUUUUCUUAAAUGGGAAACAAGUUUAUGUUUAAAAUUUAAAGAUAUUGGUGCAAUAACACGAGAAAAAACAGCUAAAGUUAUUCCAAAUGCUAUUGAAGUUAAAUCAAAUAAAAAUGAAAAAUAUUUUUUUGCAAGUUUUGCAACACGUGAUAAAAGUUAUGGACUUAUUUAUCGUAUAUGGCAAAUGACAGUUACUGAUCAAUCAAUAUCAUCUCAACAAUUAUGGGCAUUAAUUCGUGAAAGCUAUGGCAAUGAUGUAGAUAUGGUAACUGAUGAAGAAGAUACACAACAAAAACCAUCAACUAAUUCAACACCAGAAAGAACAUCACCAAAACAACAAAUUAAAAAUACAACAAGUGAUAAAUAUGAUCGUAUAAAAAAACCAGAAUCAGUUUGCUCAAAAUCAAGUAAAAAAGACGAAACAGAUGAUCAUUCAAGUCUAUCAUCUCGUGGUGAUGAAGAUCUUGAUGAAGAUAUUGGUAUAAUACCUAUUGGUGAAGAAGCUAAUACAAAUACACUUAUUCGUCAACCUCCUCCUCCUCCUCCGCCUAUAAAUAUAAAUUCUUUCACAUCAAUGGAUAUUUCUCCUGAAAGAAAUUAUUUAACCACAUGUCCAUGUCCAUGUCAAUCACAUUUAGCUACAAAAUUAAUUGAUCGAACAUAUUCAACGUCAGUUGAACGUUUAUUUGAUUAUAUAUUUGAUGAUCGAGAUUUUCUUGCUGCUUAUCAUGCAUCACGUCGUAUCAAAGAUUUUCAUGCGGGUGAAUGGACCGUAAAUAAAGAAACGGGGAAACGAGAACGUCUAUGCACUUAUAAAGUCGAUGUUGCGGCUGUUUUUGGCGCAACAACAAUUUGUUCCAAUGAAAAACAAGUUAUCGAUUGUGAAUUAUCGAAAUCUCAUUAUAUAAUAGAUACAGAAGUACGAAAUGAAGGAAUAAAAUAUGCCGAUACAUUUUUUGUUGCAUCUCGUUAUUGUAUUGUACAAAUUGGAGCAAAUAAAUCACAUUUAAAAGUAACAUGUGAAGUUCGAUAUGUUAAAAGUGUUAUGAUGAUUAUUAAAUCAUUCAUCGAAAAAAAUGCAAUGGCUGCUCUUCAAGAUUCCUUUACAGAUUUAAACAAUCGAAUCGAACUAUCAACAUCGUCAGUGAAACGUAUUGAACAUGAAACAUCGAAUAAACAACGAUCAUCAAGUAUUACAAAUAAUCAUGAGAAAGAUAAAACGAAUCAAUCAACAAAUAUGCCUAAGAAAAAAUAUUCAAGAAAACAACAAUUAAAUGAAUUAGAUACUUCUAUUGAUGAUUCACCAACAAAUAAACAUAGAAAAAUAAUUCAAGAUGAUUUUAAUAAUAAUAAUCAAAAUUCAAAUUCUAUUGUAUCUUCUUCAUCUGAUAAAACAUCUUCAUCACGAUCGUCAACAGAAAGUACAUUAAUUCCAUUUAUUAUAAUUAUAAUGUUAAUCCUUCUUAUUGUGAAUAUAUUUUUAUGUUUUAAAUUGAAUGAAAUCGAUCGAAUGACUGAUAAUCUUGUACAAAAUUAUCCAUUAUGGUCAAAUGGGUUUACAUAUCCAAAAGAAGAAAAUGAAUGGUCAAUAUUAUUAAAACGCCAAGAAGAAUAUUAUCAAACGAAAUUAAAUGGUCUUCAUUCUAUUCUAUCAUCAACUCAUAAUGCAUUAUUAAAUGUCACAGAUGCUCUAAAUGAAUUAUCGAAAUUGAGCAGUGGAUUAAAUAAAAAUGCACCGAUCAAUCGUCUUCACUCGUCAUAG